CCAAUCAAUCCAUAAGAAAUCCAAAUGUCUCAUUCGCUGUCUACGGUGGCUCUGCCGCUUUUCGCCACCGUCAUCACGGCGGCGAAGCAGCCACGUCAGAGACCAAACGCGAAAACACAAAGCGGCAAGCAAAAGACAACAACCACCAUCACUCCAGGUGUACCGGCGGCCACCGCCAUGAAAACAACGUCAGGAUUUAACAGCAGAAACAAAGAACCGACGUGGCAGUGUGUCCAGAACUGUGGUGCCUGCUGCAAACUUGAAAAAGGGCCAAAUUUUCCUUCCGCUGAAGAAAUUUUCGAUGACCCUUCUGAUAUUGAGUUAUUCAACAGCUUGGUGGGUUCUGAUGGAUGGUGCAUACAUUUCGAUAAGAGCACAAGAAAAUGCUCCAUUUAUGCUGAUCGUCCCUACUUUUGUCGGGUUGAACCGGACAUCUUUGAGACACUGUAUGGGAUUGAAACGAAAAAGUUCAACAAGGAAGCUUGCAGUUGUUGCAUAGACACAAUUAAAGCGGUGUAUGGAUCAACCUCAAAGGAGUUGGAGAAUUUCAAUGCUGCAAUAUGGAGUUCAACUUAGUUCUGCAUUCUAUUUCAUGAGGUGAAUCAUUUUGGUGGUUUUCUCUGUCGAUCAGCGUUUGCAGCCUGUUUCAGUUGCUAGGCAGAUCGAUGAACCAUCAUAGUUGUCAUUUUUAUAUAAUUUUCUAUCGCAAUCAGUUCUAUGUGUGCAUAAUGAACUGGUAUGCUGCACUUGGAUCUGGAAUACUCAAAAGUUGAUGGGAAAUCGCAAAUUUAAAGAGUAUGGAGAUCUUUUGGCUAGGCAGAUCGAUGAAUCAUCAUAAUCGAUGGAAGAUGUUGGUGAUUUAGCCCAGGAUCGUCUUCUCUAAAGGACUAGAAUACAGUGAGACAGUAGCUUCCAUGAGUAGACCUAUGUUUUCUAAUGUCAGAUUUCAUUGUAUGGCCAAUCUUUUACCAGAAUUUGUGGGAUAAGACUUUGCUUUAUAUAAAAAAAUUCAGUUUAUUCA